GUUGCCUGUAUAUAAUGGCCGGAAUCCCAGCGGAGAAUCAAUCUCCAGCGAUUCUUCUGCCGAACACAAAAUGUGUGUGCCUACGCAAACGUAUUUAUUGGCGCUCUUGGCAUGUCUGUGCUGUUUAGCACAAUCCAACACACCGAUUUACUCCCGAACUGAUGACGUAACUGGGGAAUCCCUUGCUUGUGACAUGUGUCCCCCAGGAACACAUUUGGUCAAACAUUGCGCCCAAAGCCGAAGAACCGAGUGCGCUCCGUGCCCUAGCUCCCACUACACAGAGAUUUGGAACUAUAUUGAAAAGUGCCUCUACUGCAAUGUAUAUUGCACAGAGAACCAGUUUGAAAAGGUGCAGUGCACUAAUGUGACCAACAGAGUCUGUGGGUGCAAAGAUGGAUUUCACAUGAAGCAUGGCUCAUGUUACCAGCAUACGCAGUGUCCUCCAGGAGAAGGGGUGAUCGAACAUGGAACAGCGGAAAAAGACGUAAAGUGUGAAACGUGCGAAUAUGACCUCUUCUCGUCGCAUUAUUCCAGCACUGACAGCUGUCAAGAGUACUCGUUGUGUCCAGCCGGUCAUACCACUAUACCUGGCAAUGACAAACGAGACGUUUUCUGCUCAGUAUGCAAGAAUGGCACAAAAACAGAAGACCAGGAGGUGUGUGCCGACCAGCUGAAGGAGUUUAUGAAAAUACUGGUGUUCUCUCCAAAAAUGGAUAAUGUUCUUAAACACAAAUUUAGGAGGAUAGCUAAAGAAAGAAAGAAAAAUCUUUCCAGGUCACAGCUCCUUGAAAAAAUCAGGAAAGAGCGGAACACGGCACAGAAUUUUGCCGAGGCCAUACGAAGUGUUUUUGAAAGUAUGGAGCUUUCUCAUCAAGGGGCUAAGAUCUUAAAAUGGUUUUCAUUUUGAAACUGCAUAAAUAGUUCACCAACUUAUACAUUUCACUCCAAAAUAAUGUCAAACCUUUUUGAGUCUUGAAGCUCAAAAAGCUCAGACUAUCGGUUCCAGACAUGUUUUCUAUGUCUUUUCUACUCCAUAGGCUAUAUAUUUCUAAAUGUCUUGUAUUUUCUCGUUAUUUAGAUAGAAUUUGCUGUUUGAACGUAUUCUGUAUAUCUGUGAUUUUGUGAAAAUAAUAAAAUACUUUUGCAAUGUG